AAAGCUUAUUUAUCAUCCUCUAGGUUAAAAACUAUCCCCAUCUUCCUAACGAUCCUGAAUGUGCUGACGGUCUGCCUGAUCUUCUCGUCGGUGAGGAUAUACCACUCGGAGGACGCGACCCGGUGGGCCUUCGUGCCGUUUAACGACCCCGGGGGCUCCUGGAUACACCUGUUUAGUAACGCUUACCGCUUCGACGUGACGGAGACCCCUUACAACCUGUUCCUGGGCUGCUACUUCUGGAUCGUGUAUGAGGCGACGACGACAGGAUAUAACACCAUCGCGCCCACAAACCUUAAUAUCAUGAGCGUACUCUUCUGGAGUAUGGUGCUCGGUUCUCUAACAACGAUAUACAUGUCAGUGCGCAUCAUCAGUCUCCGCGCGAACGUGAACAGCACGCUGGCCGCCUACCAGGAGCACAUGAGGGACUUGCUGCAGUUCAUGCGGCGGGAGAACCUUGACAAGCAGUUGCAGAAAGAGAUAAUGGACCACUACGAAUUUAACUGGAUAAAAACUGAUGGUAUAGACGCGCGCAAUGUGCUGAAGCUGUGCGACCAGAUCACGCUACGGAGCGACGCUAUAAUGCACCUGUACGGACCUGCAUUCGCUAAGUGCCCGAUUCUCUCCGAGUGCGACGUAUCCCUCCUCCGAGUCCUGGGCAGAGCAGUGCGCAGCAUCCACUUUCUCGAGGGCACCACCAUCUUCCGGGAGGACGACGUGAUCCACCACCUGUACUUCGUGUACAGCGGCCACCUGCAGCUGAGGACCACUGACGUAACAAACGGAGUUUGCAACGUCACUAGACUUGGUGUUGGAAGCAUGGCAGGCAACCUAUCGGACGCGGUGUCGUGGCGCGUGCGCUCGCGGCUGGUAGCCACCACAGACGUGCAGCUGCUGCGGAUGCGCUCCAAGGCGUUCCAUGACAUCGUCCGGGACUGCUUUCCGGUGGUGCUGCAGCUUAUGGCGAAGCAUCGGCAGGAAAAUGAGUUAUGCAUCCAAGCUGACGCUACUAGUGGAUUUCUGCGGCCGUCAAAGCCCUUGGACAUAAAAUUCAUCAAGCAUCUCGCCAUCAAGAGCGGCAUAGUUCAGGUAUUUCUCAUAAUAACGUCCAUGCUCUGCGUAUACACGGACUUGUACAACGCCGGUUUCCAGAACAACUCUGUACCAGUUUUGGCGUCGUUGUACACGCUAGACGUAUGCUUUCUGGUCAAGAUUUUGCUGUACUUUACGAUGCCACUGCUAGUGCAACUGCCAACAGAGGACCAUGAGAAUGCCAAGAUGAUGUUAGUGUUUAUUUGUAAUGGAUGUCAAUUGAUAUCGUGUUUGAAAGAAGCGACCAUGAGCUCCAGUUCCUGAGGCCGCAAUCAAACCAGCGUCUUUUCAUCAUCUCAGCCAUAAGACGUC